AUGGCCGCGUUUACUCUCCGACUUCCCUCGGGCAGAAAUGCGGGCUGGUUGUCUUUGUUCAGCUUCACAACUGGGAAGCAUGCGCCGACUCUGAUCGGAGGAGUCGUGCUCGCUCUCGUCGCCAGUCUGCCCACACCGGCUUUCUCUAUAUUGCUGGGCCAGAUCUUCAACGAAUUCACCCUGUUCGGAGGCCAGGAGAUCACUAAUCACGACCUCAUUCGGACGACGACGAAGUAUUGCGUCCGACUGGCGGUCUUGGGAGCAAUCAGUUGGAUCUGUAACGGAUGCUACUAUGUCCUGUUUGUUAUCUUCGGAGAGCUGCAAGUGGCGAACGCUCGCACCGAGCUUUUCGACGGCCUCUUGAAGAGGGAUCAAGAAUGGUUUGAGACACAGCAGGAUGGCACUCGGGUGUACCUGUCAAGCCUCCAGGGUCAUAUCGAUGACCUGCAAAAGGCGACGUCGCAGGCAUUCGGGCUUGCCGUACAAUACUUUUUUCGAGCGAUCGUCUCGCUGAUCCUAGCCUUCUAUACGUCCUGGAACCUGAGCUUGGUCACUCUGGCUGGGAUGCCGGUCCUGUCGGCCAUCAUCUCAUUCCUGUCCUCGAAAAUGAAUGCGAGCUUCGAAGCGCAGAAGGUUGAGCUUGCGAAGUCGUCGAAGAUUGUGGACAGCGCCACCACCUCGAUCGAUGCAGUCAAGUCCUUCAAUGGGCAACUCAUCGAGCACCGGAGUUUUGUGGCCAGCAUCGACAAAGCAGCAGUGUGCUAUUUGAGGCGAGCACGCUUCACCUCUCUGCAGAUCGCGUUCCUGCGUAUGAUGUCUUUCGGUAUGUUUAUUCAAGGUUUCUGGUAUGGCAGCUCUCUGGCGACGUCCGGCCAGCUCUCUGCAGGGGAAGUUUUAAGAACCUUCUGGGCCUGCUUGGCAGCAGCGCAGUCCUUCGAAUUCAUCAUGCCACAGGCAGCUGUAAUGAAAAAGGGCAAGAUCGCUUCCCUUGCCCUGCGAAACGCGUUGAGUGAUCGAGCGGACGGUAAAGCCCCGGGGCUGUUAGACGGUGCCAUAUGCCCGGAUGUCUGCCAUGGCGACAUCGAAGUGAAAAACCUUUCUUUCUCAUACUCGUCUCAACCAGACAGACUCAGUCUGAACUCGACGAGCUUCUUCUUUCCAGCUGGAGAGACCACGUUCGUCAUAGGAAAAAGCGGUUCCGGAAAAAGCACACUUGGGCAGCUACUUGCCCGCUUCUACAUGCCGACAUCGGGUGAGAUUCUUAUCGAUGGACAUCCCAUUCAGACGUUAAGUACGAACUGGAUUCGCAAAAACGUGACACUCAUCGAACAGCGGAGCGUGCUGUUCAACGAGUCUGUGUUCAUGAAUAUCGCAUUUGGAAGCCGAGAUCACAGUCGGCUCCGGAAACCUGACAUUCAAGGAUGCAUUGAUUUAGCCAGGUUAGAGGGAACUAUACAGGCUAUGCCCGAAGGCAUGGAAACAUGUGUUGGACCCGGAGGGAAUUUUUUGAGUGGGGGUCAAAGGCAGCGGGUUGCGAUCGCCAGAGCUCGACUCAGAGAUACUCCUAUAUUGAUCAUGGACGAACCGACAAGUGCUCUAGAUGGCACCAACCGCGUCGAAACUAUGAAAGCUAUUCGAGAAUGGCGACGGGGCAAGACGACGAUUAUCAUCACGCACGAAAUGUCCCAGAUCCUGGACCGCGACUUCGCAUAUAUUCUAGAGCAUGGCUCGGUAGUGCACGCCGGUUAUAGACAUGAGCUGGAGGAA